CAUUUUAUUUUGUUGAGUGCCAUGGCUUUGCCUGUAAGUUAGAUAUGUGUCACUUUAAUUGUGAAUUUGAACGCUUUGACACUUCUUGUGCCUCUUCAUAGCUACAUAGAUGCUAUGAAAUUUACUUCCCUUUGCACUCGAUAGAAUGAGCGACAGUCACCAUUUGGGUGCUUCUCCAUCGUUGGGAGAAAUUGAUCAUGUCACGUAUCUCUCUGAACAUAUUGGUUCUCUCUUCUGGAAUGAGGACUACAGUGACAUCAUUCUGGUCAUUGAAGGUCAGAAAAUCCCUAGCCACAAAGUAAUACUUGCCUCUCGCAGCGAGUAUUUUCGUGCUUUAUUGUAUGGAGGCUUGCGAGAAUCUCAAGAAGCUGUAGUUGAGCUUAAAGGGACAUCUUUAACAUCAUUCAAACUUAUCCUUAAAUAUUUGUAUUCUGGUCACAUGUCACUUGCCUCCCUCAAGGAGGAAAUGGUACUUGAUAUUCUGGGUGUAGCUCAUCAAUACUGUUUUGUGGAACUUGAAACAGCAAUUUCCGAUUAUUUGAAGGCAAUCUUGAGCAUCCGCAACGUUUGCAUGAUCUAUGAUAUGGCUAGUCUUUUUCAUUUCUCUUCUCUUGCUGAAGUGUGUUGUAGCUUUGUGGAUCGCAAUGCACUUGAUGUCAUUCACCACGAAUCUUUUCUCACAUUGUCUGCUACUGCUUUGAAAGAAAUGAUUAGCAGAGACUCUUUCUGUGCCUCAGAAGUUGAUAUCUUUCGUGCUGUCUGCGAGUGGGCUCAACAAAACCCUGACGUAGAUAUGAGUGAGAUCUUAUCCGCUAUACGCUUGCCCCUUAUGGCUCUUCCUGAAUUGCUGAAUGUUGUAAGGCCUACUGGACUUGUAAGUGCUGAUACCAUUCUUGAUGCAAUAAAAGCAAGAACUGAAAGCAGAGAUACAGAUUUAAAAUAUCGGGGAUAUUUGAUGCCUGAAGAAAAUGUGGCAUCUCCUAAGCAUGGUGCUCAAGUGUUACACGGAGAGUUACGCACUUCCCUUCUGGAUGGAGAUGUCCACACUUAUGACAUGGAGCGUGGCUUUACGAGGCAUCCCAUUGAUGAUAAUAAUGGUCAAGGGAUCUUAGUUAUGCUUGGAAGGCAGUGUAUCAUCAAUCACAUGAAGAUGCUUCUGUGGGAUAGGGAUAUGAGGUCCUAUUCUUAUUAUAUUGAAGUUUCUGUCGAUCAAAAAGAUUGGAUCAAAGUCAUCGAUCAUACACGCUAUCUAUGUCGAUCAUGGCAACAGCUUUAUUUCAAGCCUCGAGUGGUGAGGUAUAUCAGGAUUGUUGGCACUCACAAUACAGUCAAUAGGGUUUUUCAUGUAGUCUCAUUUGAAUGCAUGUAUACAAACAGACCUUUCAGGUUGGAAAAAGACUUACUAUAUCCCAUCCAUAACGUUGCCACCACUUCUGCAAGUGCCUGGGUCACGGAAGGUGUAAGCCGGAGCCGAAAUGCCCUUAUCAAUGGAGACACAGAAAACUAUGAUUGGGACUCGGGGUAUACGUGUCAUCAGCUUGGUAGUGGUGCCAUUGUAGUUCAGUUAGCUCAACCCUUCGUACUGGAUUCCAUGAGGAUGCUGUUGUGGGAUUGUGAUGACCGACGCUACAAUUAUUACAUUGAGGUGUCUGGAGACCAGCAGCAUUGGCACAUGCUUGUAGAUAAAAGGAAUGAAGCUGCUCGUGGUUGGCAGAACAUAACAUUCCCACCUCGACCUAUUGUCUUUAUCAGGAUUGUUGGAACACAUAACACUGCAAAUGAGGUAUUUCAUAUCGUGCAUUUUGAGUGUCCUGCUCAAGUUCCUUCCCCUCCAAGUCUACAUUCUUCCAGCAGUAGUUUAACAGAAGUGAGUGGCAUCAACUUGGAUGAAUUUAUGAAAACGGAAUGCGUUAAGACAGAAAAUGUGGCCAGGACAUAGCAACCAAGGAGGGUUUACACCGGAAUAUUAUCAUAUGGCUGUGAUGUAUGACGUUAUCAAAAGGUCCUUUCUGAAUAAUAUCAAUUUAGAACACUAGACGUGUAUCUCAUCAGGGAAGUUCUUUGAAACUCACAAUGUAGAAUGGCGUUGAUGAAAUUCCGACGGUUUUUUUCCUACCUCAGUGAGCUUUGUUUUCUUGUGUAAUUGAUGUGUUGGGGUGAAAUUCAAGACUUAAAGGCAUUGAUAAUAGGAUCUCUUGAAAAAGAUUACUGUUAGUCUGAUGCAAUUGUACUCAUUUUAUACUCAAAUUAUUUCAACUGAAAAAAGGAGCUCCUUAAAAAAAGUUAGUUUAGGGAUAGCGAUUUCUAUUGCAGAUCUGAUCCUAACAGACAUAGGUUAUCUACAUUUUUGAAAAAAUGAUACUUUUAUGCCUGUUAUGCUCAAAAAAAAAAAAAACUCUGAUCUAAAUUAUUCGUUGAUCAAAAAGAAAAAAAAAAAACACUUUUUUCUGUAUCUCAAAAUUUAAUAUAUCCUUUAGGUACACAAAGUUUUAGAGAUAUAAAGUUAAAAAGAUAAACAAUGCGCUGAAUUAUUAUUAAUAAUCGUUCUUAUGUCCAUAUUCAGAAUUUUCAUUUUGAUCAAAAUUGGUAAACGUUUUAGUUAGGAUUUGUUUCCAGCAGUUGAUUAAUCUUGAUAUUUCUCCCCUGGUUCAUUUUACUUGCUGCUGCUUCAGGGGUAGGGAACACACUGUCGAUUUGUUCCGUGAUCUUUCAUCUCCUAUUCAUGGCGUGCCUUUUGAAAAAUGGCAUGUGUGUGUUUGUGAUUUUGAUGUUCUUUACGUGUUCCUUUUUCUCCAUAAUGUUCUAUUUAUUUGUGAUAGACAAGUUGGAUCGUGGAAUAUUUUAUGUGAGCCUGAUUGAAAUGAAGAAGAAAAUAGUGUAUGCAUGUGUGGGUGAUUAAAUACUGCAGUUUAGAUGUAUUUCCCCGUGUGUCUAAGUAUUUUGUGAUGAAAUCAAUCUGUAUAAAUUUUGUACAAAGUGAAUUCUUCCAGUCUUCUCCUGCAAACAGAUGAGAAAGUGUAAAUACUUUGAUUUUGUUGUUUUUAUUUUGAAUUUUAAAUUUUUUUAUGUAACUGUACACUAAUGGCUGGUAACUUAGUUAUCUGAAAAUAUUUUUUAUUGCCCGUGACUAUAUACAUUUAAAAGUUAUUCUUUGACUCAAAUAUCAGUUUUAUUUUAAAGUCAAUAUUUUAAAAUUCAUCAAAUGCAUUACUUCACCGAAACUGAUAUUUUCAGAUUGUAGACUUGCUAUUUAGUGUAUUUUAAUGCCUUAUUUUGAUUUUAUUUUGACUGCUUUCUUUGGUCCAAGAAUUGAAACUUCCGAACCUCAGAAAACUAAAGCUAAUUUCAUCAUUUCUAUUAUACAUGUUCAAAAAAUUUUAGCCUGUUUCGGGUUUUAUAUAUAUAUAUAUAAUAUAAUUUUAGCAAUGAAACCUUAUACCCAAAUUUCUCUUCAACCUUUUUAUCAUAUAGUUUUAAAUGGUUAUCCUUUUUUCAGCAAUAACCAUUAUUUA